AUGCUUGAUACAUCAAAGAUCAACUAUCAAUACCUCGAGGAUACUCUUCUGAACACCUCUGGCAAGGUUCCUCUUGCUGAGCGUUUCCGUGCUCUUUUCACUUUGAAGAACAUUGGUGAUGACAAGUCAAUCGAUAUUGCUGCCAAGGCCUUCACCGAUGAUUCUGAUCUUUUAAAGCACGAAGUUGCUUACUGUAUCGGUCAAACUGGUAACUGUCAUGCUAGUGCUAUCCUUGAGAGCGUUCUUCAAGAUGAGAGCCAACAUGUCAUGGUUCGUCACGAAGCUGCUGAAGCUAUGGGUGCUCUUGGUUUCACUGAUUUUCUCCCUAUCCUCAACAAAUACAUCAAGGAUCAAGAUAAGGCAAUUGUCGAUACUUGUGAACUCGCUAUUGACAGAAUUAACUAUUUCAACGACCCUGCCAACAAGAAGGAUAUCCACGAUAGUGUCUAUUCUUCUUUUGAUCCUGCUCCUCCAUCCAAGGAAACCAAGGAUGUCAAGGUCCUCAUGCAAGAAUUGAUUGAUCCCAAGCUCGCUCUUUUUAAGAGAUACAGAGCUAUGUUUGCUCUUCGUGAAAUUGGUACUGAAGAAGCUGUUCUUGCUCUCUGCGAAGGCUUGAAGGAUACCUCCUCUGCUCUCUUCCGUCACGAAGUCUGUUAUGUUCUCGGUCAAUUGCAAAACCCUGCUUCUGUUCCUGCUCUUUGCGAAUCUCUCAAGGACAAGAGCGAAGUUCACAUGGUUCGUCAUGAAGCUGCUGAGGCUCUUGGUUCCGUUGCUAGCCCUGAAGUAUUUGAAAUCUUGAACGAGUACAAGAACGAUCCUGAGAAAGUUGUUGCUGAAUCUUGUAUUGUUGCCCUUGAUAUGUUUGAAUACGAGAACAGCGAUGCUUUCCAAUACGCCGAUGGCCUUGAGAAGCAAAACAUGCACUCUCUCAAGCUCGCCACUGGCAACUAA